GUCCCGGCUGCAGGGAGAGGCGAGGCUGAGCCCCUCGGCUCCGCACCAUGAGCUGGCUUUGCCGCUGGGGAUGCCGGGGCUGAGGGCUCCGACCUCCGGGAAAGGAAGAUGCUCCAGACCAGCAACUACAGCCUGGUGCUGUUCCUGCAGUUCCUCCUGCUUUUCUACGACCUCUUUGUCAACUCCUUCUCGGAGCUGCUCCGCACGGCCCCCGCCGUCCAGCUCGUCCUCUUCAUCAUCCAGGACAUCGCUAUUCUCUUCAACGUCAUCAUCAUCUUCCUCAUGUUCUUCAACACCUUCGUUUUCCAGGCCGGGCUGGUCAACCUCCUCUUCCACAAGUUCAAGGGGACCAUCCUGCUGUCGGCGGCCUACCUGGCGCUCAGCAUCUCCUUCCACGUCUGGGUUAUGAACCUGCGCUGGCGGGACUCCAGCCGCUUCGUGUGGACCGAAGGCCUGCAGACCCUUUUUGUUUUCCAGCGCCUGGCGGCCGUGCUCUACUGUUACUUCUACAAGAGGACGGCGGUGCACCUGGGUGACCCCCUCUUCUACCAGGACUCGCUCUGGCUGCGCAAGGAGUUUGCGCAGUUCCGCGGCUGAUGGCUCCCCUCGGGCUCUGGGCGACCCACCGUCUCUCCCCUCGGCUCCCCGGCAGCCCCCGCCAUCUCUCUGUACCUCACGGGCCCCGUUGGGGACGGCUCCGGCACAGCCGCCUUCCUCUUCUUCCUCCCGGGGACCAGCCUUUCCGCCGACGCUGGUGCAACUCGUGCGGAUGCCGGGAGUCGGUGGGAGGCUGGCGGUGCGUCCCGGCUGCGCGGCGGGAAGGUCCGUCCUGGCGCCACAGCCCCUGUUGGGACUUGAGUGUUUUUGUAAAGAGUAAAGAAAUAAAUUGGCUGCGUUUUCCA